AUGGCAGCAGGUCAGCGAGGGCGAUUUCCAGGUUGUGGGAAAAGUCAGAGUGUGGAGUCUGAUUAUCGUGGGGACCGUUCUCACUGUAACAGCAAGAACACUCAAAUGUCUUCGCUGUUGUCAGCCCUAGGUGGUCUGGGUGUCCCCAGAGUGAAGUGUUGGGCAGAAGUUCUUCUUUAUUUCCUCCUCAUUAGUAUUGUGAAAAUUCCUAGUGUCAAUUUCAGAGCAGCAGAGGGGAGUGGGGCUCUGUGUCUUGUCAACAAUUUUUAUGAUGAUAAUGAAUAUAAACAGAGAGGAUCCAACCCCUAUCACAGGGGCCCCCACUAUCCUCUGAACAGGAAGUUGAGCAUGUUGGUGCAAUUCCUGCUGGAGAAGAAAGAGUUCAUUGUGAAGGCCGACUUGCUGAAGCUUGUCAGCAGAAAGUACAAGCAGCACUUCCCUGAGAUCCUCAGGAGAACCUCUGAGCUCUUGGAGGUGGUCUUUGGUGUUGAAUUGAAAGAAAUGGAAUCUGGCGGUGACUCCUACACUCUUGUCAGCAACCUGGGCCUCUCCAGUGAAGGAAGUCUGAGUGAUGAUAAGGGGCUGCCGAAGACGGGUCUCCUGAUGUUGUUCCUGGGUUUGAUCUUCAUGAAAGGCAACCGUGCCACUGAAGAGGAAGUCUGGAAGUUCCUGAAUGUGGUGGGGAUCUAUGCUGGGAGGAGGCACUUAAUCUUUGGGGAGCCCCGUAAGUUCGUCACAGAAGAUUUGGUGUAAGAAGGGUACCUGGAGUACUGGCAGGGGUACAACAGUGAUCCUCUGUGCUAUGAGUUCCUGUGGGGUCCACGAGCCCAUGCUGAAACCACCAAGAUGAGAGUCCUGGAAGUUUUGGCCAAGAUCAAUGACAUUGCUCCAGGUGCCUUCUCAUCACAAUAUGAAGAGGCUUUGCAAGAUGAGGAAGAGAGCUCAAGCCAGAGAUGCAGCCGAGACUGGCACUACUGCAGUGGCCAAGACUGUUUCAGGGCCAAGUUCAGCAGCUUCUCUCAACCCUAUUGA